CAAGGUAUAACGAUCAUGGAUUCGCUGCCGUACGCCGAAGCUGACUUCAGCCUCCGAGCAUUAGCAAGGGGAGCUGAGGGAUUUGGCCGUUCCGCCAUUGGUGGCUUACAUGGUCCGAUCUAUUCUGUCACCACUUUGGCCGAUGAUGGUCCUGGAUCCCUUCGUGAGGGUUGCAGGAGAAGUGAACCUCAAUGGAUUGUUUUUGAGGUUUCAGGCACCAUAAAUCUUUCUUCAUACCUAAGUGUGUCGUCUUAUAAGACAAUAGAUGGCCGAGGCCAAAGGGUAAAGCUAACUGGCAAGGGCUUAAGACUGAAAGAAUGCGAACAUAUUAUUGUAUGUAACCUUGAGUUUGAAGGUGGUAGAGGACAUGAUGUUGAUGGAAUUCAAAUAAAGCCAAAUUCUAGGCAUAUUUGGAUUGAUCGAUGCAGCCUUCGUGAUUACGAUGAUGGACUUAUUGACAUCACUAGACAAAGCACUGAUAUUACUGUUUCUAGAUGUUAUUUUACACAGCACGACAAGACAAUGCUUAUUGGAGCAGACCCUUCUCAUGUUGGUGAUAGAUGCAUCCGAGUUACCAUUCACCAUUGUUUCUUUGAUGGAACAAGACAGAGACAACCUCGUCUUAGAUUUGGGAAAGUGCAUAUGUAUAACAAUUACAUAAGGAAUUGGGGAAUAUAUGCUGUUUGUGCUAGUGUAGAAGCCCAGAUAUAUUCGCAAUGCAAUAUAUAUGAAGCUGGACAGAAGAAAAAGACCUUUGAAUAUUACACAGAGAAGGCAGCAGACCAGGAAGAAGCCAGGUCCGGCUUAAUAAGAUCCCAAGGAGAUGUAUUCCUAAACGGAGCUCAAGCUUGCUUAUUAACUGGGAUCGGUGAAGAAUAUGUGUUCCAUCCAAGUGAAUGCUAUCCAACAUGGACACUGGAGGUUCCUUCAGGGUCACUGAAAGAGGUUCUCCAAAUAUGUGCAGGUUGGCAAUCUGCUCCUCGACCAGAAGAGAUUACAGCAGUUGCACAGUAACUUGCAUGUUUUGAAAAGAUCUUUUUUUAUUCCGCCUAAAGACUUGUCAGGUGUCUGAAAUUUGGCCUUGUUCCAAUUCAGCCUAAUAUGAUAAUUGAAAUUUUUUUGUAGUGAUAUUAUCUGUAGAUAGUCAAAACUAUGGUAAUAUUGAUGAAAUAUUAGCUUUGCCAUUUAGUUAGUUCAAAGUUAAAUUUUGCUGAAA